CACCCCUCGCGCUCUCGACGUCUUCGCCGCUCUUUAUAUGCGGAUAAACAAGAUGGCGGCCGUCCCGGAGAACAGAGCGCUCUCCUACGGUGUUUUUAAGUGGAGUUCAUAUUCCUCCACGUAUCUCCCGGAGAAUAUUUUGGUGGACAAACCCAAUGACCAGUCUUCCAGAUGGUCUUCCGAGAGCAACUAUCCCCCUCAGUACUUAAUUCUGAAACUGGAGAGGCCAGCGAUCGUGCAGAGCAUCACCUUCGGAAAGUAUGAAAAAACUCACGUGUGCAACCUGAAGAAGUUCAAGGUGUUUGGGGGGAUGAGUGAGGAGAACAUGACAGAGCUGCUGUCCAGUGGCCUUAAGAAUGACUACAACAAGGAGACCUUCACGCUGAAGCACAAGAUUGAGGAGCAGAUGUUUCCAUGUCGCUUCAUCAAGAUUGUGCCUCUGAUGUCCUGGGGACCCAGUUUUAACUUCAGCAUCUGGUACAUUGAGUUGCAUGGCAUAGAGGAACCUGGUGUGGUUCAGCCCUGCCUUAACUGGUACAGCAAGUACCGUGAACAGGAAGCCAUUCGUCUGUGCCUGAAACAUUUCCGGCAGCAUAACUACACGGAGGCGUUCGAGUCGCUGCAGAAGAAGACGCGCGUGGCGCUGGAGCAUGCCCUGCUCACAGAGCUGCACGACCGGUUGGUUCUGCGCGGCGACUUCCAGGCCUGCGAGGAGCUCAUCGACAGGGCUGUGCGAGAUGGCUUGUUUAACCAAUACAUCAGUCAGCAGGAGUAUAAACCUCGAUGGAGUCAGAUCAUUCCUAAGAGCAGCAAAGGCGACGGCGACGACAAUAGGCCAGGCAUGAGAGGGGGACAUCAGAUGGUUAUUGAUGUUCAGACAGAAACUGUGUACUUGUUUGGGGGCUGGGACGGCACACAGGACCUGGCCGACUUCUGGGCCUACAGUGUCUGUGAGAACCAGUGGACCUGCAUCUCCAGAGACACGGAGAAGGAGAGUGGACCCAGUGCACGGUCCUGCCACAAGAUGUGUAUGGACUCACAGCGGCGGCAGAUUUAUACUCUGGGCCGCUACCUGGACUCGUCAGUGAGGAACAGCCAGUCACUGAGGAGCGAUUUUUACCGCUACGACAUCGACGGCAACACCUGGACGCUGCUCAGUGAAGACACGGCGGCGGAUGGAGGACCUAAGCUGGUGUUCGACCACCAGAUGUGCAUGGAUUCUGAGAAGCACAUGAUCUAUGCAUUCGGUGGGCGAAUCCUGACAUGCAACGGUGCUGCGGAUGACAGCCGCGGCUCGGAGCCGCAGUUCAGCGGGUUGUACGCCUAUGACUGCGCGGCAGCCGCCUGGCGCCUCCUCAGGGAGGACUCGUGCAACGCCGGGCCCGAGGACGUGCAGUCGCGCAUUGGACACUGCAUGCUAUUCCACAGCAGAAACCGCUGCCUUUAUGUGUUCGGAGGCCAGAGGUCCAAAACAUACUUAAAUGAUUUCUUCAGUUAUGAUGUUGACGGAGAUCACGUGGAGAUCAUCUCUGAUGGCACCAAGAAGGACUCUGGCAUGGUGCCCAUGACGGGGUUCACCCAGCGCGCCACCAUCGACCCCGAGCUCAGUGAGAUUCACGUCCUGUCAGGCCUGAGCAAAGACAAGGACAAGCGGGAGGAGAAUGUGCGAAACUCCUUCUGGAUCUACGACAUUGCUCGCAACAGCUGGUCAUGUGUAUAUAAGAACGACCAGGCCGUGAAGGAGAACCCAGCCAAGAGCCUGCAGGAAGAAGAGCCUUGCCCUCGCUUUGCCCACCAGCUUGUCUAUGACGAACUGCACAAGGUACACUACCUGUUUGGGGGGAACCCGGGUAAGUCCUGUUCUCCCAAGAUGCGACUGGAUGAUUUCUGGUCCCUGAAACUAUGUCGGCCCUCCAAGGAGUAUCUGCUGCGUCACUGCCGAUACCUCAUCAGGAAGUACAGGUUUGAGGAGAAGGCCCAGACUGAGCCCCUGAGUGCCCUGAAGUACCUACAGAAUGACCUGUCUCUGACCGUGGACCACUCGGACCCUGACGAGACUAAAGAGUUCCAGCUGCUCCCAUCGGCCCUUUUCAAGUCCAGCUCCGACUUCAUCCCGCUGGGCUUCUCCGACGUGGACCAAACCUACGCCCAGCGGACGCAGCUCUUCGACACGCUGGUGAACUUCUUUCCCGACAGCAUGACCCCACCCAAGGGUAACCUCGUCGAUCUCAUCACGCUGUAGCCAUGCUGUGGGCAUCUUCCCGUGAUGCGCCGCUGGGGCUGCACCACUUCACUCCCCCUUCCUGCUGGUUUGAUUUCUGUUGUUGGAUUUGGGAGCGAGAAUAUGACUCCGGAAGCUUGAUUGUUGGCUUAAAACAGAAGUAUUUUAUUUUUUUCUAAGUUAAAAUGCACUUGAACAUUUUUCAGAUACUUUGUUGCUGAGGAAUACAUUGAUUCAUCAUUGCAAAUAUUAUUAAAGGGUCCCCCCCCCCGUUUUAUAAACCUGUGCUGUGCGACUUUGAGUCGGUGCUGUCCAGGGGGCUCUCCUGUUUGACGGAGACGGGUGGGGACUGGGGCAGAGGCAGGUUGGUGCUGGGUCUCUGUACUGGCCCCUUUCCUUUUCAGCCUCCCAUAAAGCUGAAAAUGCUGCGAAUGUGUAGAUACAGCAUGUGUUUCCAGAUCAUUUUCUGCCACAUUCUGUUCCUCACUGGAAAACAUGAUAUGGCCGAAUUUUACCCUUAUUUCCCCUCUGCUGUGAAUGUACAUGUAGUUUUUUUUUUCCUCAGCUAGCUAUUACAUUGAUUUUGUAUACAUAUUUGUAUAAACAGAGAUCUAAGACCAAAUAAAUGUGGCUUGGAUGGAGGGCAGGGGGUGAUGAAGGCCAAGUGCCUGAUUGAGGCCCCCACCCGUACUUGCACUGGGAGAGGCUCUGUCGUACGACUGUCGUGACUGUUGGGAGGGGGGGUUUGGAAAGGCUAGCUGAGAGCCCCCCCCACUCUGCAGAGGCAGCAGACGAUGAUGAUGAUGCUCGUCGUUGCUAUGCUCAUCUUAAUAACAAAGGGGGGCUGAGUGAGGUCUCCCCUUCAGCCGGAAAGGUGGGGGGAAGGUAGGAAGGUAACAUUGAUUCAGAUGCCUUGUAUGAAGAGGGGAAGUUUGGGGCGUGGACACACAUACACAUAAGGAUGGACUACUGGGGCAGGAAUCAUGGCGGAGGGGCGGAGAUUUGGUGAUGGGUUUGUUUGCCUUAGAUAACGUAAACAGCCGCUGAUGGUCUCCCUCCUGUAGGAGUCCCCGUAACAGCCUUGCUGUGUCAGACCUCACGCAGGGCCCUCUAGGCCUCUACGCUUUGCUUUCAACCCCAUUAUAAAAUAAUUUCUCUUACCAAUACGUUGUGUAGUACUUUCUUAGAGCUUGAACUAAAAGAUAAGGGCAAGUGAAAAGAUGUAAGGCUUCCCAACGGGGAUAAUAGGGUUCAUCCCGCUCAUUAAAAAUGACUUUGGAUACGCUACCUAUUUCAGAUCUUCAAAUGAAGACUCGGACUUAAACAUCAUAGCCUGUGACUUCAUUCCCUUUGUCUUAUUAAAAAUGAUUUUGACAGAGAGGAAAGAGCAUUUCCCAGAUGACUUUUAGGUCUAUUGUAAGCAUUUUUUUUUGCACAUUUUUCAGCUUGUGCAUCUAAUUAUAUCAGAAACAAGGGAAUCAUUCGAGACUCCAAGGGCUUUAGAAAGCUGCCAUUGUAGGUGAUUGUACAUUAAUCUGCGUAGGAAUUUUCCCUGAGUUGUCCCGGCCAGGGUGUUACCUAAAACAAGGGAAUCUCAGCAAGCAUCUUGGCAAGUGUGACGCAUAGCCCAGCCACCCCCCCCCAUAGGGAAAGUACUAAUCUUGGCCAGUAAUGAGCUUUUUCGACCAGACAAAACAAUAUAGUUGACAUCGCUCACAAUCGCAACAUGUCAGCAGAACCUUGAAAUGGGCCCGUCAGGAAUGUGUAUGCUGUGAUCGGGCGUCCAUUGUGCUUCUGUACAUACUGCGUUAGUAUUGACUCAUUUCUCAUGCAUUUGUCUGUAGUUUUAAAAAACGAGUCAGAGUAUCCCAGGUUCAAUUUACUGACAUCUAGUGGCACAACUACUUCAUUACACUUUGCUCUUAUUAAAGUUUAGGUGCGUCAAGGGGUGAGUUUUUGUGCCAGAACUGAACAUUCUGACAACACAAUGCCAAAUGUUACACAAAGUAAGAGUUUUUUUUUUUUUUUUUUUUUACAUUAUUCUCCCCACCCCAAGUGCUGUUAACUGGUACUUAAGUGGUUUGUAAACACUAUUUGCAUAAAUGAUUGUGUAGAGCAACUUGUAGAAUUGCUUUGUAUGUAAUGUAAAUAAUAAAUAAAGAUUGUAUUUUGUUCAAGUUUUCUUAAUAAAAACAUACAUACUU